AUGAAUCGAAAACCAAUAACAAAGGCCAAUGUAACUUCGACUAAAGCAAAGCCGAAAGCUUCAACAGUACCCAAAACAUCACCGCCCGUCGAAACAGAAAUAUUUCAAGAAAGUUUUCGACAUUCUUGUACAACACAACACUUUGCUCUGGUUUGGCUCGAUGAAAACUACGACCAAAACAAUUCUAACUGUCGAACAUUAGUCACAGGAUUGCAGACCAUUAUCAAAAAGAUCGACGUUUUCAAUGAUACUAAUGAAUGCAUUAAAUUUAUCAAAGCGAUUCAUAACCAAGAUGUGUAUUUGAUCAUAUCCAAUCCGGACGAGAAAGCACUUACUCGCACCCAUCAAACUGAACAGGUGAGCGUGAUAUUUAUUUUCGAUGAUACGAAUUCGUCGAACGAGUCGUGGCCAGAUAAGUUGAAAAAAGUCCAAGGUAUUUACUUGAGUGUGGAAGCGCUCUGUGCAUCAGUGAAGAAUACUGCCAAGCAGUCCGAUAAUGAAUACAAUGAAAUACGUUUUAUCUCGUCAAAUGAUAUUGAAAAGCGCGAUUUGAAUGAGCUGGAUCAAUCCUUUAUGUACACCCAAUUGAUCAAAGAGAUUCUACUUGAACUAAAAUAUGACGAUGCAUGCGUGCAAGAAUUGGUUACCCAUUGUAAUGAUAAUCGAGACGCUAUAAAAGCCAAGUUACACGGUCUCGGCGAAUUCCAGAAAAAUUAUAAACGAAACGAAAAAGCAGUUUGGUGGUACACGAAGGAAAUCUUCACCUAUCAUUUAGUUAAUUGGGCCUUACGUGAACAAGAAUUCGACACGAUUAUUCGUGUAGGUUUCUUUAUCAACGACCUCCAUCGUCACAUUGCUGAAUUGCAUCAAGCGCAAAUAUCGAACAGAAAAGAUGAAUAUAUCGUUUACCGUGGGCAAGGUAUGUCGAAGGAACGUUUUACCGCAUUAAAGGAAAGUGUUGGCGGGUUGCUAGCCUUCAACAGCUUUUUAUCAACGAGCAAGAAAGAACAGGUAGCUCGGGGCUUUCUCGGAACAGCACUCACCAAUGGCGAUCCCAUCGGACUUCUUUUUAUGAUUACUGUUAGUCCAUUGAUCUCAUCAGCAGUGUAUGCCGAUGUUACUGGUGUUAGUUUUUACGAGAAAAAUGAAGCUGAAGUUUUGUUCUCCUUUGCAACAAUCUUUCGUAUCCAAGACAUAUGUUUGGAGAGUAAUAAUCCGGAAGUCUGGAUUGUAAAACUUCAACUAACCAGUGACGAAGACAGAAAACUCAACAUUGUGAUGGAUCGAAUGCGAAAUGAAAUUGAAGGGUCAACACCUUUAUAUAAACUAGGUGCGUUGAUGAUUAAAGUUGGUCAGUAUAACAAAGCCGAAGAGGUUUAUCUAAAGCUAAUGAAAGACGCGACCAAUAAUACAGAAAUGGGCAAUAUUUAUCAUCAAUUCGGUUUCACUAAAUACAAACAAGGAAAUCCGAGAAAGGCUCUAGAAGCAUAUCAACGAGCUUUGAAUCUCUAUCUAGCAUGUUUUGGUAAUGAUCAUGCGAAUGUGGCUGCCGUUUACAACAAUAUGGGUUUGGCUUACGAUAGCCUGGAAGAUCAAUCCCAAGCAUUGAUUUGUUACCAAGAAGCACAACAUAUUUACGAAAAAAGUUCAUCAGCGAAUAGCUCAGUAUUAGCUACAUGUUAUAACAACAUCGCAUCAAUCUACGAUCAACAACAAGAUUACGAACAAGCUCUAUUGUACUUCAAUAAAUCAUCUGAAAUGUAUAACGGUUAUACUACUUCUGAUCAUCCAGAUUUCGCUACGUUGAAGAAUAACAUCGGUUUGGUUCAUUUAAAGAAAAAUGAAUACAAAAAAGCCAUCGAGUGUUUCCAAGAGGCAGUAAAGAUUGGCAGAAAAGCUCUACCUCCUGAUCAUGCCGAUUUACUAGCGUAUCAAAAGCACCUUGACAAUGCAAAGACGGUAUUGGACAAGUACAAGUGA